AUGGACCCUAGUGGCCAAGUACGUGUCCCCUUUGCCACAGCACCAGCCCUGGAACUAAAGUCACCGCUCUUCAGUGCAAUCUCGCCUCCACCAGUGACCUUGCCACUGAGUCCUCACUGGUCCUGCAAGUGCAGGUGCUACCAAUGCAGCCGAGUAUUGAAUCAGCCCAAACUCAAUUUGACCAUUGCCAUGACUCUGCUUUGGGCCCAGCUUGCCAAUAAAGCUGCUGCUUAUUCCAUCAGGUCUGGGCGCAGACUCGUCUCUGCCGCCUGCCUCCAUGAAACUGUGCUGCAUGCAGGAGCUCGCUUCGUGCCUUUAUUACCAGAGAAGAGAAUGAAUUUCUUGCGAGACGCUCCGGGCACAAGAGGUGAGCUGCUGUGCAUUACAAUCACCACCGUUCAGUUUCAAGAAUCAGGUGAAUUUAUCAUACAUGGACCUGGUAAACCUAUUGAAGCCACUGUGGGUGAAGAUGCUCUGUUGGAAUGUCAGCUUGUACCAGCUAUAUCUGCCAGCAACAUGUUGGUGCAGUGGUUUAAAUCAGGCCUUGAUUCCCCAGUUCAUGUGUACAGCCAUGGGGAAGAUGAUGCUGUUGCUCAACACAAGAAAUACAGAGGGAGGACCAAACUGUUGAAAAAUAAAUUGACCAAAGGAGCCAUAUCCCUUCGAAUAACAAACACAGUAAUUUUUGAUGGCGGGGAAUACAGAUGUUCAGCUGACGAUGGAACUUACUCAGAAGAAACUGCAGUCUUCCUGAAUGUUAUACGUUUGGGCCAUCAGCCCUGGAUCCAGAUGAAGGGAUAUCAUGAAAAUGGAAUCCAGUUUGUGUGUAAAUCCAGUGGAUGGUUCCCAAGGCCAGAAAUACAGUGGAUCAGUGAAGAUGGACUUAUUUUAUCACAAGCUGAACCAAGUUAUGACCGGGACUCCAAUGGCCUUGUGAAUGCCCAGAGUAUCAUUGUCAUUACAAAACAAUCAACAAAAACGUUUAAGUGUCGUAUACAGAAUGAAGAUUUGAGAAUUGCACAAGAAACAACAAUCAAGAUAUCAGAUGAGAUCUUCCCCGGUGUCCCUGACUGGCUGGCACCAUUGCUCGUGACCAUCCUUUGUGUAACUGUUGGCAUUGCAGCUGUGGGUUACUGGAGUGUGAAAAACCAUCGACACAUUAAAGAGUGGAAGAGAAUUCGUGACUGUGAAGUUUCUGUGAACCUGGAUGUGGAAACAACAAAUCCCCGGCUCAAGGUUUCUAAGGAUCUGAAAAGUUUGAGUUUGAUCCGGGACCGGAGGAGUCUCCCUGACACCGGGAAGAGGUUUACAUACAGUCAUUCUGCCCUAGGAUCAAAGGGAUUCUCAUCGGGGAGACAUUACUGGGAGGUGGAGGUGGAGAGGAAUCAGUAUUGGAGACUGGGAGUAGCCUCAGAGUCUGUGGAGAGGAAGAGACAGGUCAGUCUGAUCCCGGAGAAUGGAUUCUGGACCAUUGGACUGUUUAAGGAUCAGUUUUAUAUAAACUCCUCUCCUCAAUCCCUUUUCCCGGUUGGUCAGAUCCCCAGGAAGGUGGGAGUUUAUCUCAGUUAUGAAUCUGGGACAGUUUCAUUUUACAACGCGGACACCAAGUCCCAUCUUCACACCUUCCCUGGGAAUAAAUUCACUGGGAAACUUUAUCCUUUCUUCAGGACUGGCUAUGUAGACCAGUUUCUGAGGAUCUGCUCCAGUUCGGAUCUGAAGCAAAAAAGAGGUGUGCCUUCAGGGUUAUAUCAUCCAUGA